AUGGCCACCUUGCCAAUUUUGAUUCCCUUGUUCCUCCUGCUUCUGGUAACAGCAAGCGCUGACUUAACAUGUAAAAGCACGUCUUGCGAAAGCGGUGGGAUCUCGAUUGAAUUCCCGUUUUGGUUGGAAGAAACGAGGCAAAGCCUUGGAUGCGGCUACCCAGGGUUCCAACUCUGGUGCAGCAAAGACACUAAUCUCAGCCUCAGAAAACCCUUCAUCACUCUACCUCAAUCCGGAGACUUCGUAGUCAAACUCAUUUCCUUAGAGGAACAAAAGAUUUGGAUUAACGACCCUCAUCAGUGUCUCCCUAACCGCAUCUUGCGUGACCGUGGCUUCAAUCUCCAAGGUUCCCCAUUCCGAUUAAGCGAUUAUUAUACUUACGUUGAUUUUAAGUUCCUAAAUUGCCCCUCCAAUUUAACCUCCUCCGAUUUAGGACAACCUAUUAGUUGUUUAACUUCUAACGACACCAACCUCGUCAACUAUUCGGUGGUGGCUGUCUUGUCCGAUCCUCCGUUCUCUACGCCGUGGACAUCAUCGUGCCAGCUUAUUUCCACGGCUUCCAUCCCUGUUGCGGUUCCCAACACGCCUUGGUUGUUUUGGACCGAUUAUUAUUCCGACAUCCAAUUGCAGUGGGACAUCCCUAAUUGUGGAAGUUGUGAAGCACGUGGAGGACGAUGUCGCUUACUUGGGGACUCUGAUUUUAGCGUUGCUUGUUAUGAUCUUCCUAGCCAAGGUCAAGGUCUUUCAAGGAAAGCCAAGUACAGGAUAAGCAUUGGCCUGGGAAUACCUGGACUCCUAGGGAUCAUUGGUCUUACAUGCAUUUUGUGCUGCAAGGGGAACUCGCGUGAUCAAAUCCAACGGCGGUUAAGCAGCACUGAAUUUUCUACACUAGUUUUGCCUCGUCCACCUGUUGUUGUCAUGGGCCUUGAUGGGCCAGCUAUAGAAAGGUACCCUAAGACCCAACUUGGUGAAAGUGGACGGUUGCCCAAGCCCAAUGACAAUGUAUGCUCCAUAUGCCUUUCUGAGUAUCAGCCCAAGGAAAUGUUAAGGACCAUCCCAGAGUGCAAUCACUAUUUUCAUUCCAAUUGCAUUGAUGGAUGGCUCAAAAUGAAUGCUUCCUGCCCAUUGUGUCGAAAUUUGCCCCAUAGAUCCCCUUCUCUUUCUACGUCUCUGCCUCCAUACUCAACUUCUUAAUCAUUGUCAUUACUCGUAUCACAAUGUUUCAUUAAAAUUUAACUCAAGAUAGAAGCAGGUUAGUGUAGUUUUUUUUUAGCAAUUUUUAAGACGUUUACAUUUUUUAAUCAAUAAUGUCAAAGGAAGAAAAAACUAUUAAUCAAGGUAAUAAUUUAUUUACCUAUAUACAAUAUAAAUGUUCUUUUGAUC